AUGGACCUGAACGACCUCAAGAACACCGUGUCGAACCUGUCCUUGUACGACAUCAAGGCCGGGUUUCGAAAAGCGCAAAAUGCCGUCAUGAACUACACCGAGAUGGAGGCCAAGGUUCGAGAGGCUACAAACAACGAACCUUGGGGCUCAUCCUCCACCCUCAUGCAGGAGAUUGCCAAUGGCACCUUUAGCUACCAAACUCUCAACGAGAUCAUGCCCAUGAUAUACCGACGCUUCACCGAGAAAUCAGCCGAAGAAUGGCGCCAGAUCUACAAAGCACUGCAGCUACUCGAAUUCCUUGUCAAGCACGGCUCCGAGCGUGUCAUCGAUGACGCUCGAGGGCAUAUCACCCUGUUGAAGAUGCUGCGGCAAUUCCACUUCAUCGACCAGAACGGGAAAGACCAAGGCAUUAACGUGCGGAACAGGGCCAAGGAGUUGGCCGAGCUCUUGGGCGAUGUCGACCGUAUACGAUCCGAACGGAAAAAGGCCCGCGCCUCAAAGAACAACAGCCGGUUCGGCGGGUUCGGUAAUGAGAGCUCUGGCUACGGCGGGGGCAAUGCCUCCUAUGGCGGCUACUCUGGCGGCGUCUAUGGGGAUGGCGGCGGUUUCGGCGGGCAGGCAAGCGACUUCCGGGACGCCGGUGGCAGGUCGGAUAAGUUCGAAGAGUACGACGAGUUUGACGAGGAUGAGAGGCCGGCAGCUUCCUCGUCGAGACCAGCAAGGAGGACGGAGCGGGCGGGCGUCAAAAAGACAACAGGCGACACGCCCAAGAAGAAGGAGCCUGAAGUGGACCUCUUUUCCUUUGACGAGCCCUCCUCGGCCGCGCCGGCUGCGUCCAACGGCGCUGGCUUGGAGGACCUGGCUGGGCCCAGCGGCAGCGGUGCCGGCGCUGCCGCUGACGACGACGAGUUUGACGAUUUCCAGUCGGCCGCACCGUCCCAGCAGCCGGCAGCGUCAUCGGGUGCAUUUGGGCAGCCCUUGUCGCCGCCGCUGACCUCGACGGCGUCGUCCACCGCCCAUUUCGCGGCACCGCAGCCCCUAUCGGCACCGCAAAAGGCCGAUCUGGGCCAGAUGGCUCAGCCUCCGAAGCAGACGGGCUUCCAGCCUUCGGGACCCAACUACUUUGGCACCGUCCAGUCCCAUGCCCAGCCCAAGGCCACGCCGCCGGCCUCCUCUAUGGCAGGCAUGUCAAGCAUGGCAUCCCCGACUACUGGCGGCGAUGCCUUCGGCGCGCUAUGGGGCAAAGCCAGCGCCGGCAUCAAGAAGACGGCCACGGCCCCGCCCGGGCCAGCCAUGGGUCAGCUGGCCAAGGAGAAGAGCAGCGCUGGUAUCUGGGGCGCACCGGCGGCGGCACCGUCACGGCCAAGCAACGGCGGUGGGUCGGCGUCGGGGGACCUGCUUGGGUGA